AUGUCACUUCCCAUCCAACCACUUCCUUUUCGUGAGGAGAUCGAAACCCUGUUUAAACGCAUCGCAGUCUUGCAGAAAGAACUCAACGAGAAGACAGAUAGACUCCACUUCUUAUAUGGCUUCGAAAUGAAGUCUGCUCCUUACACGCCUGCGCCGGUAGACGAUGACAACGACAACGAAGAGGCCGAGAAUGACAAAGAUGGCGACGAGAACGAGGAUGAGCAAGAAGUUGAAGGAAAGAAGACAGGCGUCAAGAACUCCGCCCUCAAGACGAGCGUCAAGAAAUCAGCUGUCAAAAAGACAGUCAUCAAGAAAGGUGGAAGCGAGAAGAAGAGACCAAGACGAUGCAAACAGUGUAAAGAGCACUACCUGGAAGACAACGCUGCGUCUAACUUGGUGAAUUGGAGCGAAAGCGGAAGGAGCGAGAUGCAAAGAAAGCUACAGGGAGAUGAAGUAGAAGGAGAUGAAGUAGAUCUAGAAGAGGACCUAGAAGAGGACCUAGAAGAAGACUCAGAGGAGGAGGAACAGGAAGCAAGGAACACCCAGCGCAAGCAACCUAAGAAGAAGGCUGGAAAAGCUGCUUCAAAAUAG